UUCUUUGCUGAUAAAAUUUUAUUUGACACACUUUCCUUCUUAUAAUAUGUUUAGAAAAGAAUGACACACUUCUACGGAAACAAUUAACUUUACACUUUCAGUUUUACCCUUAAUGAAACUUUUAAUUAAUUGAGCACCCUAGGACUUAUGGUUCACCAAAGCCGGAUGUGUGGUAGGCACACGAUAGAAUGCUAAGCCUAGUAUUUAAGUGGAGAAAGGAAGAUGAGGGGGCCAAUUGUCCAUGGAGUUCCAAGGCUGGAAACUUCUUGGUUAACAGCAAAGGAAUAAAAGGAUUAAUUUGCAGCAACUGAACUGUAUGCGUGAUUUCAGAUUGUAAGCAGGUCCUUCUUGAUAGAAUUGAUGUUCUUUUGUCCAUCGUUUCCAGUAUAAUCACAUGACGGCAAGAUUUUUUUUAAUUUUUUUUUAAUCACUAAUAUAUCCGUUUAAAAGAUGGCCAACAAGUUUAUUGAUGUCUUUCAGAAACCACAUUUUUGGUUUCCUUGGUUAUAAUUGAUAGGUUAAGAAUAACAGAACGAAUGAUUCUUAUGGGCAGUACGAUGAGUAUGUGUAGUGUUUGACAAAAAGGCAGUAAAGAAAAUGCAAGAAGAGUCUUAAAAAGGGGUUUUCAUUGACAAAAGAUAGAAAUUAAACUAAUUCCUUAUAUAUUAGUACUAAGGAGAAGUGUACUGAUCCAAUCAUAAAUCAAUACCCUAGUACUAUUCCCCAACGGAUAAAAAGCUGGCAAGACACUUAUCAUUCUAAAGGGCUAGGCCAUACUUUUUUAGGCAAGCAUAAUAGCUAAAAACCUAAGGGGCUAAACUGAUAAUAUGAAACUAUUCUUAUUUCUGGAUUUGGGCCCAACUCCAUUGACCUUUCUUUUCAUCUUCUUCAUUCAUUUCAAGCUGAGCGGAUAGUCCGUUCCGCUACUUCCCGUUCCCUUUGAGAAUGUCGACAAUCAUGGUUGAAAUUUUGGAAAUUGAGAAGUGAGGAAGGAAUAAUCCUCCCAAGUAGCAUCCUCCGAAGCUAAGUUGGUCCACUGAACCAGCACUUGGGUCACCACCCGAGCUCCCGGCUCGGCACAAAAGUUGACCAUCUGGUUUGCUCAAGGGCGAAUCUUUUGCUGGAAAAACAUUUGGCCCAAGCUUCUUUUUCAGUUAGGACACGUAAAAGACCAGAUGAAUUUGGGAUUCACUGGGAAGCUGGAGCUCAUAUGCCAGUGGACUAAUCUUCUUGACUACAUGACCCUCAAUGAUGUCCAUGGAUAUGUGCUCCCAAGCCCUCCUGGAAAUGGUAAUGGCUGCAAAAAUCGGGGCUUGGAAGACGUCUCGAGUCAAUGGUUCUACCACUGGAGCUCUUGCAACAGUUCAAAACCUCAGAUUUUCCAAAUCCGCAUGAAUAUGAAGUAUGGCAGAGGAGAAACUUGAAACUACUUGAGGCUGGACUUGUCUUGCAUCCGUACUUGCCUCUGGAUGAGACAGACACACGUCCUAGACAGCUUCAGCAUAUUAUACAUGGGGCUCUGGUAAAACCCAUGGAUACGGGGAAGCACAGUGAAUCAAUGCAAGUACUCAGGAAUCUUGCGACAUCCCUUGCUUGCAGAUCAUUUGAUGGGUCGAGUCCCGAGAUAUGCCAUUGGGCAGAUGGCACUCCAUUGAAUAUCCGACUCUACCAAAUAUUGCUUGAAGCUUGUUUUGAUGUGAACGAUCAGACCUCUGUUAUUGAAGAAAUUGAUGAGGUCUUAGAAAUCAUAAAAAAGACUUGGGUAAUACUUGAUAUAGACCAGAUAUUCCAUAAUAUUUGCUUUUCAUGGGUUUUAUUUCAUCGAUAUGUUUCAACCAGCCAAGUUGAAAACGACCUGCUAUUUGCCGCUGAUAAUCUGUUAUCGGAGGUAGCAAAUGAUGCCAAGGCAGUAAAACACCCAAGUUGCUCUCAGACCUUGAGUUCUCUGCUUGGCUUGAUCCUAGGUUGGGCUGAGAAAAGGCUGCUUGCAUACCAUGACAGCUUUUACAGGGACAAUGUUGAUAUCAUGCAAAGUCUUCUCUCUAUGGGUUUAUCAGCUACCAAAAUUUUGGUCGAACACAAUUCGAGCAACUAUCAGAAGAAGAAGAAAGAGGUUGAUGUUGAAUUUAGCAGCGUUGAUACUUACAUCAGGGCUUCGAUGCUCAGCGCCUUUUCUCAGGAAAAGGAGAGGUUGAUAUCAAGCAGAAAGUCCUCUAAAAAACAGCAGAAUUCACUUCCCAUCCUUUCUAUCCUGGCCCAAAAUGUUACUGAUCUGGCUUUCAAUGAGAAGGAAAUAUAUAGUGCUGUUCUGAAGAGAUGGCACCCUAUUGCAACUGGUGUAGCUGUUGCUGCACUUCAUGCUUGCUAUGGAAGUGAGCUGAAGAAAUUUGUUUCGGGGAUAAGUGAGUUGACUCCGGAUGCUCUACAGGUGUUGAUAGCAGCUGACAAGCUGGAGAAAGAUCUUGUACAGAUGGCUGUUGCGGACGCUGUUGACAGUGAAGAUGGAGGAAAGUCAUUAAUUAAAGAGAUGACUCCUUAUGAAGCUGAAGCUGUGAUAGCAAACCUGGUCAAAUCAUGGAUAAGGACUAGAAUAGACAGACUUAAGGAAUGGGUCAACAGGAAUCUGCAACAAGAGGUCUGGAACCCUCAUGCAAAUAAAGAGCGAUUUGCUCCCUCUGGAGUGGAGGUCCUACGCAGCAUAGAUGAGACUUUCGAAGCAUUUUUUUUGUUACCAAUACCUAUGCAUCCAGCUUUGCUUCCAGAGUUAAUGAAUGGCCUUGAUGGUUGCCUUCAGAACUACAUAUUGGAGGCUAUAUCUGGCUGUGGAUGCCGAAGUACCUUUGUUCCAACUAUGCCUGCUUUGACUAGAUGCUCAGCUGGGUCAAAGUUUAGUGUGUUCAGGAAGAAAGAGAGGCCGGCUAUGGUUUUGCUUAAGAAAUCUCAUAAUGGGACCACUAAUGGAGAUGAUUCUUUCAGUAUACCUCAGUUGUGUGUCCGUAUUAAUACUUUGCACUGCAUACGAAAAGAAUUAGAUGUGCUAGAGAAAAGGACAAUUUCCCAACUGAGGGAUAAUAUACGUGUUCAUGAUGAUAAUCUUGUUAAUGUGUUGGGCAAAGGUUUUGAGCUGUCAGCAGCUGCUUGUCUGGAAGGGAUUCAGCAGCUUUCUGAGGCAAUUGCAUAUAGAGUCAUCUUCCAUGAGUUGAGUCAUGUCUUCUGGGAUUACCUGUAUGUAGGGGAUGUUUCAUCAUCCCGAAUUGAACCUUUCCUACAGGAGCUGGAGGAAAUCCUUGAGAUCAUAUCAGCAACAGUUCAUGACAGGGUCCGGACACGUGUAAUCACUAAAGUAAUGAAAGCCUCUUUUGAUGGAUUCCUGUUUGUUUUGCUGGCCGGAGGACCUUCUCGUUCUUUUUUACUGGCUGAUGCUGCAAUUAUUGAUGAAGAUUUGAAGUUCCUAAUGGAUCUAUUCUGGUCGGAUGGGGAUGGAUUGCCAGCUGACCUUAUAGACAAGUUUUCAACUACUUUGAAAGGCAUUCUUCCUCUUUUCCACACUGAUACUGCUAUUCUAAUUGAGCAAUUUGAGCAUGCAGUUCAAGAUAAUUUUGCCCCGUCAGCUAAAUCCAGACUUCCCUUGCCUCCUACAUCAGGUAACUGGAGUCCUACCGAGCCCAGCACCAUUAUGCGCGUUCUGUGUUAUCGAAAUGAUAAAAUGGCAACUAAGUUUCUAAAGAAGAACUACAACUUCCCCAAGAAACUGUAACUGUUCACUUGGUUGGAAAAUGAGUGAGGUGAUAUUAGCUAACUGUAACACUGGAUCUUGGAUUAGGUUGUUCAUAUUAGGAAGCUGCGUGAUUAUUUUGUACAGAAUACUUGUGAUUUAUUGAGGGCAUAUAACUUGACUGUGAGUAAGUUGACAGAGGAUAACGUCAGUUUAUAAAGUGAGAUCUUGAGGAUUACUGUCGAGGAGUGAAAGCAUAUCGUGUCUGAAAAUGUGGUACAAAGUUUAUCUUAUAGACGACUACGUUACCAGCUGAAUGGAUGUCAUUCUUGUUCCAAACCUUCUAUGUACCUUUCUAGAUGUUCUUUCUCCCUGAUAGGUACCUAAUGUUUUUUGGAUUUGUAGCUGUAUUUUCUUUCUUUGGUGUUUUAUUAUGUAUUCCGAAAAGAAAGGUUUCAUGAGCUUUUACCUAUGGAAGUUUAGAGAAACAGUUUUGUUUUGUUCCUGAGAUAUGCUUAACUGCUUGAAGUGGGUUGUGUGUUUAA